UUAAUUUUCCGUUACAAAGAGAAGGGGCAGUGUAAGAGUAUUGAGGGUGUUAGGUUAGGGUUUAGAGCGGAGAGAGAGAAAAGCGUCCAAAGUAAAGAAGGGAAAACCCUUCGUCUUACUGUUAUUGUUACUGUUAGGGUUGAGCCAUCAACGAUGUCUUCCUCCGCCUUCAGAGCCUGCAGGUUUCUCCUAGCUCCAACCAAGUCGGCCGCGGCGUCGCCGGCGACCAAGCCUAAGCCCAAACCCAAGCCCAAGGGAGAGUCAGCCCAAACCGACCGACGGCCCGGCGGCCUGCAGAAGCCCGUUCAGGUCUCACCGACUCUGGCGUCCUUCCUCGGCGCCUCCCAGUCUUCUCGCGCCAACGCCGUCAAGCAAAUCUGGGCCCACAUCAAGCUCCAUAGCCUCCAGAAUCCUGCAAAUAAGAGAGAGAUCCAUUGCGACGGCAAGCUCAAGUCCUUGUUUGAUGGAAGAGACAAAAUCAACUUCCUGGAAGUUAGCAAGCUGCUAAACGCUCACUUUGUGAAGACUAAUUGAUAUCACCAGCUCCUCUGUACUGGGAGGAUAAAAAAACUCUGAGUUAAGACUUUUGAACAAUCCUGUAGUUUGGUUCAAGAUUCUGUGUUAUGUUGACAUUGACUGCUUCCAUGUUUCGAGAACGAGCUUUCUUGGCGUUUGUGUGUCGGGCAUUUUGUGUAUAGUUCUAUCUGUCUAGGACACAAACAGUUAGUCUUUGUGUAGUUGGUUGGAACUUAAUCUUUCUGUUGAAUGUUGAUGUGUUAACCGUGUGAUGCAAACCACAAUGUUACAGGAUGCAGUUUCAGUUUCUAUCAGUCACUGCACCUCUUUUCCGUUCGAAA